GAUUUUUCAUUUUUCUGGCAUUCUAAAAGCACCACAAACUUUCCAUUUUCUUCGUAUUCCUCUGCUCUCUCAAAACCAAGAGUCAUUUCACUCAUUUGAGAGAACCAACAAAUCGUAACCCGAAGAAAGAAUAAAAUAUGGCAAUCUCUGAUAAUUCUCGAAAAUCCCUCCUUCCUAGCUUCCUCUAUUCCUCUCCUUCCUCAACCAAACGAGUCUUCGGUUUGGAGACGGCUUUGUCAAACGCCAAUCAUCAUCAUGUGCUGCCUCGAUUACCAUCAUCGAACGUGGGAGGUGAUGCAGGGGCGCCUUCGAGUAGGUUUGCGAUACCAGCGCCGAAGGAGAAGAUCGAGAUGUUCUCACCGGCUUAUUACGCCGCGUGUACGGCCGGUGGGAUAUUGAGCUGCGGCCUUACUCACACCGCCGUCACGCCUCUCGAUCUUGUCAAGUGCAACAUGCAGAUUAACCCAACAAAAUACAAGGGUAUCUCAUCUGGGUUUGGAGUUUUGCUAAAGGAGCAAGGUGCUAGAGGUUUAUUUAAGGGUUGGGUGCCUACCCUGCUUGGUUACAGUGCUCAGGGUGCUUGUAAAAUGGGUUUCUAUGAAUUCUUCAAGAAGUACUAUUCUGACAUUGCUGGGCCUGAGUUUGCCACAAAGUAUAAGACCCUAAUUUAUCUUGCCGGUUCUGCAUCUGCUGAAUUGAUUGCUGAUGUUGCUCUCUGCCCCAUGGAGGCAGUCAAAGUUCGUGUGCAAACUCAGCCUGGAUUUGCACGAGGUUUAUCAGAUGGGUUGCCGAAGUUCGUGAAGGCUGAAGGUGCUGGCGGGUUGUAUAAAGGACUUGUUCCUCUCUGGGGACGACAGAUUCCAUAUACAAUGAUGAAAUUUGCAUCUUUUGAAACUAUUGUUGAGCUAAUCUACAAGUAUUCCAUCCCCACCCCUAAAGACCAGUGCAGUAAAAGUUUGCAACUUGGGGUGAGCUUUGCUGGUGGAUACAUAGCUGGUGUUUUCUGUGCUGUUGUAUCACAUCCUGCUGACAACCUGGUGUCUUUUCUCAACAAUGCCAAGGGGGCGACUGUUGGUGAUGCGGUGAAGAAGCUAGGAUUGUGGGGUCUUUUCACCCGCGGCCUUCCUCUUCGUAUUGUAAUGAUUGGGACCCUUACUGGAGCACAAUGGGGAAUCUAUGAUGCGUUCAAAGUUUUUGUUGGGCUGCCAACCACGGGCGGCGGUGCUCCUACUCCUGCUGCUGCUGCAAAGGCAUGAAAAACUGUAGUUCUUAUUGGCAAACACGACGCAACCUUUUUUGAGAUUUCUGUAGGAAAAUGGGGAUUCCCCUUAUUGAGAGAGCAAUAAUACGGUUGGUGUCCUCAAAAUUAGCAAUGGUCGCUGGUGGGCUCCGUAUUUUAUUCUUUUGUAGACAUGGUUGUUUGUAGUAAUUCUUUUCCGGCGCAGUUGAUUUUUGUCUUUAUUCUUCUUUGUGGGCACCAACUCAAACUUGUAUCUGAAUGACGAGCGGAACUUUGUUUCCACAAGUACAGGAACACAUUAAAUUUCUUUAUGUUCUCAAAGGUUGUAUUGUUUCUUGAAUAAAAAGGAUAAGAGAUUCAUACUUAAA